CCCCCCUCCUCCUUUUUCCAGCCGCCGCCGCCAAACUCACCACCAUCUUCUGCAUGUGCAACAUUUGCAGCCGGACAGAAACCGCUUCCCAGCGAUGGAGACUGCGGGAAAAAUCCGGUGCGGCGAGCUGGCUUGGUGAAAAGGCGAGCGGCGGAGCGGCUGAGCGCGAGCGGCAGAGAACAGCCGGCAAAUACUGAUACAAACCGAACAAACAAACAAACAAAAAAAAAAAAGAAAGAAAGAAAAAGAAAGGAGGAAACCUCUUUCUUUUCUCUCCCCCUUCCUCUUUUUUUUUUUAAUUUUUUUUUUAUUUUGAAAUUCUUGGUUUUGUUUGUAGCCACCUCCAUGCCUCUCUGAGCAUCCGAGCGAGCGAGCGGGGAGAAGGCGAGACAGAGAGGCAAAAGAGAAGAUGAGGAUAAUUUGCAGACAGCUUGUCUUGUUGUUUUCUGGCUUUUGGGGACUAGCAAUGGGAGCUUUUCCUAGCAGCGUGCAAAUAGGUGGUCUCUUCAUCAGGAACACAGAUCAGGAAUAUACUGCUUUUCGAUUAGCAAUUUUUCUUCAUAACACCAGCCCCAAUGCAUCCGAAGCACCUUUUAAUUUGGUUCCUCAUGUAGACAACAUUGAGACAGCUAACAGCUUCGCUGUAACAAAUGCCUUUUGCUCCCAGUAUUCUAGAGGAGUUUUUGCCAUUUUUGGACUAUAUGAUAAGAGAUCAGUACAUACCUUGACCUCAUUCUGCAGCGCCUUGCACAUCUCCCUCAUCACGCCAAGUUUCCCCACAGAGGGUGAGAGUCAGUUUGUGCUGCAGCUGCGGCCAUCUCUGCGGGGAGCCCUCUUGAGCUUGCUGGAUCAUUAUGAAUGGAACCGCUUUGUCUUCCUCUAUGACACAGAUCGCGGUUAUUCAAUACUUCAAGCUAUAAUGGAAAAAGCGGGACAAAAUAGCUGGCAAGUCAGUGCCAUCUGUGUGGAGAAUUUUAAUGAUGCCAGCUACAGGAGGCUUUUAGAAGACCUGGACCGAAGGCAGGAAAAGAAAUUUGUAAUAGACUGUGAAAUAGAGAGGCUUCAGAAUCUCUUAGAACAGAUUGUGAGUGUGGGAAAGCAUGUUAAAGGAUACCAUUACAUUGUCGCCAACCUGGGAUUCAAAGAUAUUUCUCUGGAGAGAUUUAUGCACGGAGGAGCCAAUGUGACUGGAUUUCAGCUAGUAGAUUUUAGUACCCCAAUGGUAACAAAGCUGAUGCAACGCUGGAAGAAGCUGGACCAGAGAGAAUAUCCAGGAUCUGAAACCCCACCAAAGUAUACAUCUGCAUUAACAUAUGAUGGAGUACUUGUGAUGGCUGAAACGUUCCGUAAUCUUAGAAGACAGAAAAUUGAUAUUUCAAGGAGAGGAAAUGCAGGUGAUUGUCUUGCUAACCCUGCAGCCCCAUGGGGUCAAGGAAUUGAUAUGGAAAGGACAUUAAAACAGGUUCGAAUACAAGGAUUGACAGGAAACGUUCAGUUUGACCACUAUGGUCGCAGAGUCAACUAUACCAUGGAUGUCUUUGAGCUGAAAAACACAGGUCCUCGGAAAGUUGGUUACUGGAACGACAUGGAUAAAUUAGUUUUGAUUCAGCAUGAACCUACACUUGGAAAUGACACUUCUGCCAUUGAGAACAGAACAGUAGUUGUCACCACAAUUUUGGAAGCCCCAUAUGUUAUGUUCAAGAAAAACCAUGAUACGUUUGAAGGGAAUGACAAGUUUGAAGGAUACUGUGUAGAUCUGGCGUCAGAAAUUGCAAAACAUAUUGGUAUCAAGUACAAAAUUGCCAUUGUUCCUGAUGGAAAAUACGGAGCAAGGGAUCCAGAGACAAAAAUCUGGAAUGGGAUGGUGGGAGAACUUGUUUAUGGGAAAGCAGAGAUUGCUGUUGCGCCUCUGACCAUCACUUUGGUACGAGAAGAGGUCAUUGAUUUUUCUAAGCCUUUUAUGAGCUUGGGGAUAUCCAUUAUGAUCAAAAAGCCCCAGAAAUCUAAACCAGGAGUGUUUUCCUUCUUGGACCCUUUGGCGUAUGAGAUCUGGAUGUGCAUAGUCUUUGCCUACAUUGGUGUCAGUGUGGUCCUGUUCCUAGUUAGCAGGUUUAGCCCAUAUGAGUGGCACACAGAAGAACCAGAGGAUGGGAAAGAAGGACCCAGUGACCAGCCUCCCAACGAGUUUGGCAUAUUCAACAGCCUCUGGUUUUCCCUGGGUGCCUUUAUGCAACAAGGAUGUGAUAUUUCCCCGAGAUCCCUCUCAGGUCGCAUUGUUGGAGGUGUCUGGUGGUUCUUCACGCUCAUCAUUAUUUCAUCCUACACUGCUAACCUCGCUGCUUUCUUGACUGUUGAGCGAAUGGUCUCGCCCAUAGAGAGUGCAGAAGACCUUGCCAAACAAACCGAAAUUGCUUAUGGGACACUGGACUCAGGGUCAACCAAAGAGUUCUUCAGAAGAUCAAAAAUAGCAGUGUAUGAAAAGAUGUGGACCUACAUGAAAUCAGCUGAGCCAUCAGUGUUCACUAGGACUACUGCAGAGGGAGUAGCUCGUGUCCGCAAAUCCAAGGGCAAGUUUGCCUUCCUGCUGGAGUCUACCAUGAAUGAAUACAUUGAGCAACGAAAGCCAUGUGACACCAUGAAAGUGGGAGGAAAUCUGGAUUCGAAAGGCUAUGGCGUAGCCACACCGAAGGGUUCUCCAUUAAGAAAUGCUGUUAACCUCGCAGUUUUAAAACUGAAUGAACAAGGCCUCUUGGACAAAUUGAAAAACAAAUGGUGGUACGACAAAGGAGAAUGUGGCAGCGGGGGAGGUGACUCCAAGAACUCCUGUAAACCUUGCCGUUUUGAAACUCAGUGAGGCAGGCGUCUUAGACAAGCUGAAAAACAAAUGGUGGUACGAUAAAGGUGAAUGUGGACCCAAGGACUCUGGAAGUAAGGUCAGUCGCUACAGUUCGGGACCUACUAUCGUGUUCACAAAGCAGUAAAGGAAGUAAUAACCAAAAUGACUUAGAAAUAAAAUAAGCAGCUGUAGACAUAGAAUGAAUCAACUUUGCCCCAUCUUGUUGCGGGCACACUUUAAUUUAAAGAAGCACUAUUGCUUUUUAAAGUCUUCGGUGAUACAAAUCACCAAACGUUGACCUACAUAUUUGGGGCAUCCGUUUGAAGGGUUGCAAGGCAGUUUUUUGGUUUUGAGGAUGGCAGGCUAGGUUAGUUGUUACCUUCUUGCCUAGAGGAUGGUAGACUUUCCCCAUAGACUGCUUAGAAAAUGUCCCUUCACACCCUCUACUUUCAGAGCUCGCCUCCCUCAGCGGUUUUCUGAAAAGGGGAAAUGCUAGCAGGAAGGAUUGCCUUUCAUCACUGCUCAGUGUGGCUGUGCCUGGCUCCCUCUGAGAAGGUUCUUGGCCUCAAGGAGCCAAGGAAGACUUAACUUAAGCUUUGAAGUGAAAGGCUUUGAUAAUUAAUAACUUUAUAUAGCUUCCAGUGUUUACCCUAGUCCGUUCCCAAACAGUAAUCCUGACAGCUCCAGGGAGUGGGGCCUUCUCUAUUUCUCUCAACUUGAGGGCAAAACACAGAAGUGGAUAUUUUCUGAUGGCUCAGAAGCACCUCAGUCGGUGCCAGACCUAUAUUCAGUAGUCUGAAAUUUCUUCACAGUGUCUGUCUCUGUGCCAGCUUGUGCUGUCCAGAGCUAAAAGGAAAGUGUGAUGGGCAGCAACUGCUCGCUGCCUGUGUGCCCUGAGAGUUACCCUGGGAGUUAACCUGUGAGACAAACUUCCAACACAUAUUGCUUUUUCUGGCAAGUGUUUUGGAGAAAGCAGUGAAAGGCAAUUAAGAGGAUGGCAGAAUACCUGCAAAUGACAGCUGAGAAAGCCUCAACACCCAAUACAUGUUAGGUCUGCUCUUUCUCAGUUCUGCCUCCUCCUUGUUUGCAAGCACCAUGUUAGCAAUUGCCAGCAGAGGAUUACAACAGUCAGCUCCAAGAUGUUCAGAGUGCUUUUAGCCAGGUAAAAAGAGACAAACAGAGCAGAACCCAGCGAUAAGCCCCAAACACCUCUAUAUGUCCGUGAGAAUUGUUACUGUGUUAAUCUACCGAUUACACAAUAAAUAGUGCCUCUUUAAAUUAAACAUCCAAAUGAUUUGCAUUCUUUAUAAGUUAAAAUUUCAUAGAGAUUAUGAUCAGAAGUUAAGUACUCUUCUUAUUUAGAUAAAGAUUAUGUAGUGUAUCUAAGACUAAGAGUUUAUAAGUAUCUUAAGGCGCACGAUGUAGUAUAUGGAAGUCAAUCCUGAGAGAGUUUCUAGAGAACUGUGCUGAAAAUGCACAUGGAUUUAAAAUAAAAUAUGUGAUUCAUAGCUAAGCAGUGAAGUACAGAGAAGUGUAGAAUAGUUAUUUACUGCAGUAUGUCCAAGAAGGCACUCAUUUAUAAAAUGAUGCAUAUUUAAUAAUUUGUUAAAGUUCUUGUUCUUGUCUAGAUUAUGAAUAAUUUGUAAAAUUUGAGAAACUGCUUUUUAAAAUUGUACUGUUACUGAUCCUUAGUAGUCCAAGGCCAUGUUCCAGAACUGUAUCUAUAGUAAAAUAAAACGAAAAUACAAUAAUCGGUAAGAGGCAAAAAUGAUGUGUAUGGUACAGUAUGCACUUUCAAAUGAAGUGUUUGUUCAAAGAAAUAACGUAAGCCUCACAUGUUAUUUUCACCUAUUAUUUCAGUAUCAGAAAUUCAGUCUGGAUCUUUUAAAUUAACAGCAAUGCCUACCACAAGUGCAAUUACUGUUUUCAUAAGGAUCAAAAAGAGUCUUGUCUGAUGUAAAUUAAUUUCCAGAUUUCAAAGCUUUUAAAGAGCUUUACAUAAAUGCAGCUUUGUAUCAGUGCUAAAAUGUCCCCUAAGGAGAGCUAGAUGUGUCAUUGUUUAAUUCUCCACUUAGUGGAAGUAAUGUUUUGUAGUAAGCAAGCAAUGACAUCCUGAUAUGUUGACAAUAAUAUUAUCUAUGCUGACCAGGAAAAUUAGGAACUUAAAAUAUAUUUUAUAGAUCCAGAUAGGUCAGUCUCUGUGAGAAGUAUGUAAACAACUGUCAUUUAAUUUUAGCUAAAUAUUGUUCUUUAUUUCUAUUGCGAAUGUGUUUAUGUGUAGCUUGUGCUCCCAGGGUGUGAUUUCCAGGGUUAACUGUGUUGCUUCUGUUUCCCCAGGACAAGACGAGUGCCUUGAGUCUCAGCAACGUUGCUGGAGUCUUCUACAUUCUGGUUGGAGGCUUGGGCUUGGCAAUGCUGGUGGCUUUGAUAGAGUUCUGUUACAAGUCCAGGGCAGAGGCGAAACGAAUGAAG